CCGCUUACAAUAGUCAACGGCAGUGGUUCAUCCAACAGAGCGAACGCAGCGUCGGGCGUGCUGAGACUAGCGUACAACGCGACCGGUGAGAGGGACUCCUUGAAAUCCGUCGAAUGCUUCGCAUCGGGUACAGUUCCGGGACUUGGCAAGAAGAUGUGCGUCUGCAGGGACGGCUGGCACGGCGGCGACUGCGCCGUCCCCAGCGCAGUCUGGUCGACGCCGGUGUUCCGCCAGUGGUACUCCGAGGGCCUCAUAACACGCCGAUCACGGCCGCGCGCGAUCUUCAACGGUAUCCCUUUGAACCACGAACUCGACAUGCUCGAGAUACACGUGAACGAGCUGAGCGACGUGGUAGACCGUUACGUGGUCGUCGAGUCCAACAACACCUUCUUCGGCGACGCUAAGCCGCUUUACCUGCAGUCGAACCUGAAUGCCGGCUUUCUGGGUGAGCACGCGCAUAAGAUCGUGCCGCUGACAGUGGGCGAGCUCAGGUGCAACGGCUGCGAUCCGUUUUGGCCGGAGAACCGCAGCCGCAACGCCACCUGGCUCGAGGGCCGGCCGUGGCUGGGAAACGUCCCGGACGACGACCUCAUCCUGUUGACCGACGUCGACGAGAUACCGAACCGCGACGUCGUGCUCUUCCUGAAGCACCACGACGGCUACGGGGAGCCGAUCGGCCUGACCCUGCGCUGGUUCCUCUACGGCUUCUUCUGGGAGCGCAGGAGCGCGCUGCACGUGUACGCCGCGUGCACCGUCGCCUUCCUGCGCGCCGUCUGCGCGAACGACCUCGUGACACUGCGUCAGGGCAGGAGUCCCUUCCCCGAGACGUUGCCUGCUGGCACGGGUACGGUGGCCCACCAGUGGGUCAUCGAAGGAGCACGGCCACGAUUCGCCGGCUGGCAGUGUUCGUGGUGUUUCAACGCCCAAGGCAUACAGGUGACGCAGCCGUGUACUCUGGCACGCACCGCAGGAUGA